GAACAUCCAAUCAUCUUCCAGGCCGAGGGUUACAUAAACUCUUCUUUUAUAAAAGACUGUUGCUUCUCCAUCUCAGUCCAUUUCGGGAGUCGAGCCCGUCAUUCUCUGACGUGACCGGAACAUGCAUUUUGGCGCAAAGCAGAUGUUGAAUUAAUUCGAGUUGUAUUAUUAACAGAUUGGCUGUUUUUACUUGUUGGUGUUGAGUCCAACUCACUUUCUUGCAUCAAAAGAGACAGUUUACAAGAUCAUUACAACUUAAAAACGACAAAAUGGCACUUCAGAAUAAAAUCCUUCAACUGAGCUGCAGGAGUGUUUUGGGAGAAGUGCUCAACAAGAGGUUUGCCAGUAAUUCUCGCGCGCUGCUCAAAUCUGCAACCAGCGAGUCGCUCCGGAUCUGUGCGACCGGACAAGAGACUUUCCCGGAGGAUUUGAUCACACCGGGGGCCAGUGCGGAGGUGGUCGCGAAGGAGACCCGGAUCAAGAGUCUGAAAGAGAUGCCGGGACCCAGCGCCGUCAGCAACCUGAUCGAGUUCUUUUACCGGGACGGUUUCAGUAGAAUCCACGAAAUACAGAUGGAACACUCUCAGAAGUAUGGGAAGAUCUUUAAAUCUCGUUUCGGCCCCCAGCUGGUUGUGUCUAUCGCAGGGCGGGAUCUGGUUGCCGAGGUGCUGAGGACGGAGGGUGUGGCCCCGCAGAGAGGCAACAUGGAGUCCUGGAAGGAGUACCGCGACCUGAGGGGCCGAUCUACCGGACUUAUCUCAGCGGAGGGUGAGGACUGGUUGAAGAUGCGUAGCAUCCUCCGUCAGCUGAUCAUGAGACCGAAGGACGUGGCUCAGUUCUCUGACGACGUGAAUGCUGUGGUGGAGGACCUGGUGAAGAGAGUGGAUACGCUGAGGAGCCAGCAGUCAGACGGACUCACUGUACUCAAUAUUAACGAUCUGUUUUUCAAAUACGCAAUGGAAGGUAUGGCAGCCAUCUUGUACGAGGACCGUCUGGGCUGCUUGGAGAAUGAGAUUCCUCAGAAGAGCCAGGACUACAUCGCAGCCCUGCACCUGAUGUUUAGUUCCUUUAAGAUGACCAUGUACGCCGGGGCCAUCCCCAAGUGGCUCAGAACCGUCAUCCCCAGACCCUGGGAGGAGUUCUGCAGCUCCUGGGACGGACUCUUCAGUUUCAGCCAGAUCCAUGUAGAUAAGCGUCGGGAGAUCCAGGAUCUGGUGUCCCGAGGAGAGACGGUGAAGGGGGGGCUGUUAACUCACAUGCUGGUGACCCGAGAGAUGAACCUGGAGGAGAUCUACGCUAACAUGACUGAGAUGUUACUGGCUGGGGUGGAUACGACAUCAUUCACCCUGUCCUGGGCCUGCUACCUCUUGGCCCGUCACCCUGAGGUCCAGCAGGAGAUCUACGAGGAGGUGACGAGGACUCUGGGACACGGGACCAUCCCCACCGCUGAUGACGUCCCCCGUCUCCCCCUCAUCAGAGGACUGGUGAAGGAGACACUACGAAUGUUUCCUGUCCUGCCAGGUAAUGGGCGUGUUACCCAGGAUGACUUGGUGGUUGGCGGUUACUUCAUCCCCAAAGGGACCCAGUUGGCUCUAUGUCACUACUCUACCUCCAUGGACGAGGAGAAUUUCCCCGGGGCUGACGACUUCCGUCCAGACCGCUGGAUCAGGAAGGACGCUACGGACCGGGUGGAUAACUUCGGCUCCAUCCCGUUCGGCUACGGCAUCAGGAGCUGCAUCGGCAGGAGGAUAGCUGAGCUGGAGAUGCACCUGGCUCUUACACAGCUGAUCCAGAGGUUCCAGAUUGGGCUGUGUCCCGUCACAGAAGAAAUCAAAGCCAAAACCCACGGCCUCCUCUGUCCUGCUGCGCCCAUCAACCUGCAGUUUGCCGACAGACAAUCCUACACCAAAACCCACGGCCGCCCUCUGUCAUCAACCCUGGACAGAUACACUGUUUAACUCCUUUCUUCUCCUUAUCUCUCUGGUGACGAGGUAAAUGGGAGAAUAACUGACAGACUGGCGUAAGGCAGGUUUAUACCAUCCUGUACCCAGAUGCUAUUGUUCUGUGUAAACAGCCUCUAAGAUACAGGAUGUACACAGACCAUAAGUGUCAGCUUUUUAUAUAUACAUACAAUAUCAAUACAUGUUUCAUUUACAACUUUUCUAAGUCCUGUUAUCAACUGACUCCAGCACAGUGUCUGGCUGUGGAUUGGCUGCAGCGCCUGGCUGUGGAUUGGCUGCAGUGUCUGGCUGUGGAUUGGCUGCAGUGUCUGGCUGUGGAUUGGCUGCAGUGUCUGGCUGUGGAUUGGCUGCAGUGUCUGGCUGUGGAUUGGCUGCAGUGUCUGGCUGUGGAUUGGCUGCAGUGUCUGGCUGUGGAUUGGCUGCAGUGUUUGAAUGGAAUGUUGGCAGAUUAAUUACAUUUUUUUUAUACAAAAAAACUGAAAAAAAAACUGGGAAAAAACUGGCUAGCUAACAGCAUGUGCAGUUAUAUCUACAAAAUGCUGUACAGACUAUUUUAUUUGUUAUUUGAUUAAAGUGUUCCUUUUACAACGAUGAAUGAUUUAAAAAGUUGUCAUGACGAUUUAAAGUUGGUUUAUAGUCAAAAGUGUUGUCAGAUAUGUGCUGGUCAUUUUUGAAAUGGCUAACGAGCUAGCAACUAACCAAAACCCAUCGUUUAUAAUGUUGCUUUUAGUUGCCUGGCUCGUUAGAUUGACGUUAUCCUAAAUACAUUUUUUUUUUAAAAAUGGAUUGGUCUAUUUGGUGUUUAAAAUAGACUAGUUAUGCAAUUUCAAACAGAGACUGGAAUAACUUGUCUGUUUAGGUCAUAAAUGAGCACACAGACUCUAACCCAGUGCACUUCUUCAAAUCUCUUACAAUCCUUAAAACGCUCAAAAGGUAUUUUUCAAAAUUUUGUCUGACUGACCUUGAAUUGUUCAAACUGUUUUUUUGGGGGGUUUCCUGGUCACGUGAGAGACUGUGUUGUUUUAUACUGUAUGUAGGAAGCACCACAGAGAGACUGUAUUUAAGAAGAAAGGAUUGAAAUGGAGAUCGGGCUUGUCGAAAAGAGAAGAGAAAUACGUAGACCGUAGGUUCCUUCUGUUUGAUGAGGAAGAAGGUUUUUAAUAGAGACUCCAGAUCUGGAAACCUCAUGGGAAAAGGUAUUUAGUAAGUGUCUGUUUGAUGAGGAAGAAGGUUUUUAAUAGAGACUCCAGAUCUGGAAACCUCAUGGGAAAAGGUAUUUAGUAAGUGUCUGUUUGAUGAGGAAGAAGGUUUUUAAUAGAGACUCCAGAUCUGGAAACCUCAUGGGAAAAGGUAUUUAGUAAGUGCCUUGUUGUCGUACUGCUCUGAGCAGUGAAAUGAGGACAAAAGGUGCCCGAGUCUCCCUGUUUUAACUCCGUAAGGAAGAGAAUUGGAUGUUCAUCUAUGAUUAGUAGACUAAAAUGCCCGACCAGUUUCCACGGUAACUAAUUAACUGUUUACACUUGUUACUGGAAUUGUUGUAAUUUCAACUAAGCCACACCCUCCUCGCUCAUGCUGGAAUAAAGAGAUCUGCUGGA